CCUAUUUCGUUGGAAUACAAACGAAAUGCAAAAAAAAAAAAAAAUUGUUACAUUUCGCUACAAGUGUAGCGAAAUGCAACAAUCUGGACCGGAACAGUAUUGAGUGUGGGUAUUUCGUUGGAUAACCAACGAAAUACCCAUUUUGGUAUUAAAAAAAACACAUCCUAUUUUUGUCUAUUAGCUCCACAAACAAGCCAUUUUGGCGCCGGACUCGAACAGAGCACACAAGGGUACAAUAGCUAUGAAAAGUCUUUCAAAAUUCGUUCUUUCCCAGUUUGGAACUCUUUAGUUAUUUUUCUUUUCUCUUUGCAAGGACUAUUCAAAGUCAUUGAAGCUUCUUUGGAAAAUUCUAGGGUGAGUGGUGCUUGAGAAACAUUUUUGGAACAUUUAACUGGAGAAAAUUGCGAAGCAGAGCAAUAUUAUUUGUCCACGUUGGUACUCCACUAUAAGAUUUGACUACAAUUUCUUAAAUUCUCAUACGGAGGCUAAAGAGCUAAGACCAUAUAUUUUGUUAUACCACAAAAAUCACCAUUCAGUGCAAAAUCCAAAAGCACUUAAAUGAUCUUAUAAGAUUUCCCUUUUCUGGAUGAUCAUAGUUUUGUGCAGCAAUAGAUAUGGAGUUCCAAGUAAGUUCUUUUGUGAUGUUUUACUUGCUCUUGACUUUCUUAUCACUCAAUUCCUCUCCCAUUUUUGGACAAGAGAACCAACAUUAUGCAUCAAUUGGAAACAAAAUUGAUGCAAAAAAAUCUAUCAUUAUUGGUGUUACUAUUGUCUCUUCUGGUGGAAACUUUGAGUUGGGAUUCUUUGCAACACAAAACACUUCAAAUUAUUACUUAGGCAUAUGGUACAAAGACAUAAGCCCACAAACUGUCAUGUGGGUAGCAAAUAGGGAAACAAAACUUUCUUUCUCUGAGAUGGGUAAUGCAGAAUUCAGAAUUAGGAAUGGAAAUUUGGUCCUCUUGAAUGGGACGCGACGAAUAAUAUGGUCAACAAAUGUCAACUCCAAAAAUCCUAACUCUGUCACUGCUGUUCUUGGUGAUGACGGAAAUUUUGUUUUAAGAGAUGGAAUAAAUUCAACAUCUCGAAUACUCUGGCAAAGUUUUGACCAUCUUAGCAAUACGUUUGUGCCCGGAUCAAAAAUUAGCUACAAUAAAAAAACCAAAGAAUUGAAAUCCAUCACAUCCUGGAGGAGUUUAGAGGAUCCGAGUUCAGGGCCGUUCUCUAUAGAGAUCGAUCCAAUAGGUGGCGCGUUCAGAGCCAUGUGGAACGGAACUGAGGAAUAUUGGAGCAGUGGAACAUGGAAUGGAGAUACAUUUACCAAUUUGCCACAUACUAAGCCCCAUACUACUGUCAACAAUACUUAUAUCAACGAUGACAAGGAGAUUUCGUUUACCUAUACCUUAUAUAGUCCGUUACUCAUAUCAAGAUUCGUGAUUGAUGUCACUGGGGAAUUGAAGCAAUUCACAUGGAUUGAUAGUUCUAAGCAAUGGAAUGUAUUUUUUCUUCGACCGGCACAGCCAUGUAACGUCUAUGCUUAUUGUGGGGCAUUUGGAACUUGCAAUCCUAACUCAAGUUCAUUAUGCAGUUGUUUGCCUGGUUUCGUUCCUAGAUUAGACAACGAUUGGGAUUUGAAUAUUUUUUCUCAAGGUUGUGUUAGGAAAGCAAAUUUAAUCUGCGGUAGUUCCAGUGCUCCCUUUAAGGACAAGUUUUGGUUGAUGUCCCGUGUGACAUUACCGAAAUACUAUGAAACUAUCAGAGUUACAAGCGCGACGGAAUGUGAAUCUACUUGUUUUAAUAAUUGUUCUUGUACUGCUUAUGCUUAUGAUGGCAGUGAAUGUUUAAAUUGGAGCAGAGAAUUACUAAAUUUGCAACAACUGCCUCAAGAUGAUCAACAAGGAAGAAAUUUAUUUAUCAAACUCGCUGCUUCUGAUUUUCCAAGUGACCAAGCAGCAACGAAGCAGAAGCAAUCUUCGAUGAGGGUCAAAGCCAUUAUUCCUGCAAUAGUAUCUGUCAUAAUUCUACUAGUAUGCUGCUUUACCUAUAUUUACUUUAGAAGAAGGAUUGCACAAAGAAAAGUCCAAAGGAAUCAUUUGGAUCAAUGGCAGAGUAGCGAAAACGCCAUUAAUGAUUUGACAAAUGAAGAUGAAAAUAUUAUCGAUGUUCCAUUUUUUAGUUUUGAAAGCAUAUUAGCUGCUACAGAUCACUUCUCAGAGGCAAACAUGCUCGGACGAGGAGGCUUUGGUCCUGUUUAUAAGGGAAAAUUUCCAGGAGGAAGAGAUAUUGCAGUAAAAAGGCUAUCAACACAAUCUGGACAGGGCAUAGAAGAAUUCAAGAAUGAAGUGCUAUUAAUUGCAAGACUUCAACAUCGAAAUCUUGUUAGACUUUUGGGUUACUGCGUAAAGGGAAACGAACAGAUUGUACUUUACGAGUACUUGUCAAAUAGAAGCUUGGACACAUUCAUAUUUGACAAAGAAAAUCGGAUAUUGUUGGAUUGGAAAAAGCGAUUCAAUAUUAUAUUGGGAAUUGCCCGUGGACUGUCAUACUUACACCAUGAUUCAAGGUUGAGAAUCAUCCACAGAGAUUUGAAAACUAGUAACGUUUUACUAGAUGAAGGAAUGAAUCCCAAGAUUUCGGAUUUUGGCUUAGCAAGGAUUGUUCAAGGAAACACCACACAAGCAAAUACAAGCAAAGUCGUUGGAACCUAUGGCUAUAUGUCUCCGGAGUAUGCAUUGGAUGGAUUAUUCUCAACUAAGUCAGAUGUAUUUAGUUUUGGAGUAGUUAUACUUGAAAUCAUCAGCGGCAGAAGAAACACGGGAUUUUACAAUGAAGGAACAAACCUCUUAGGACAUGCUUGGAGAUUGUGGACGGAAGAGAAGGCAAUCAACUUGGUGGAUGAAUCGUUACAUGAAAGUACAUGUAACAUAGAUGAAGUAAUAAAAUGCAUUAAUAUUGGUCUCUUAUGUGUACAAGAAAACUCUAGUGAUCGUCCAAAUAUGUCCAAUGUUAUUCUAAUGCUUGGUGGUGAAAGCAUGAGUACUCUUCCAAGACCAAAUCAACCAGCAUUUGUGGCAAGACCAACUGCUUCUAGUACAUCUACAACUUUAUCUUCCAACAAUGAGUUAACAAUUACAAUUGAGAAAGGUCGAUAAAUAUGGGAAGAUAAGUGUAUCAAACAUUUGAGUUGAUAUUUAUGUGAUUCACUUUUUCCCCAGGGAGAUGAGUGUAUAUGUUAUAUGCCAUGUUACUGAGGGAAGGGUAGACUUGUCAUCUCAUGUAAAUAAGGAGGGCAUAUUAGUCAUUGAUUGGAGAAAUAUUAGUUAUGUAGUUAGUAGGUAUAAGUUGGGAGAAUUCUUGUAUUGCUCAUUACAUUUGAAGAUGAAAUAGUAUAUCUCUUUGUUCUCUCUAA